UGACAGCUGGAAAUGGGAAUGCUUGGGAAUGCUGCCGAGGGGCCGCUCCGGAGGGGGCUGUGGGCGCUGAUGCUGCUGCUGUCUGUGGCCAUCUACGGCUCCCACGCCCCCCUCCUGACCCUGUGCAAGGUGGACGGGGCCAUCCCCUUCAGCUCCACGUCGGUGGUGGUGCUGGUGGAGCUCACCAAGCUGGCACUGUCCCUGCUGUCCCUGCUGGGGGAGCCGCCGGUGCCCGCCGCGUCCUGGCAUCACGCCGCGCCCUUCGCCCUCUCGGCCCUGCUCUACGCCGCCAACAACAACCUGGUGGUGCACAUGCAGCUCUUCAUGGACCCCAGCACCUUCCAGGUGCUCAGCAACCUGAAGAUCCUGAGCACGGCGCUGCUCCACAGCCUCCUGCUGCGCCGGCGCCUGGGGCCGCGCCGCUGGCUGGCCCUGCUGCUGCUGCUGGGGGCCGGGGUGUGCUACAGCUGGGGGGGGCUCCGGGGGCACGGCGUUCCCGGCGGGAUGCGCCUGCACGUCACGCCCGUGGGGCUGGUGCUGCUCUGCGUGUACUGCCUCAUAUCAGGCCUGUCUGCUGUCUACACUGAAGCCAUCCUGAAGGCGCAGCCGCUGCCCCUCAGCCUCCAGAACGUCUUCCUCUACUUCUUCGGGGUCCUGCUCAACCUGGCAGGCUCCCUGUGGAGCGGAGCUGAGGGCGGGUUCCUGCGGGGCUUCUCCCCGUGGGUGCUGCUGGUGGUGCUCGGCCAGGCCCUCAACGGCCUCAUCAUGUCGGUGGUGAUGAAGCACAGCAGCAACAUCACCAGGCUCUUCAUCAUCUCCUGCUCCAUCCUGGUCAAUGCCCUGCUCUCCGUCGCCCUGUUUGACCUGCAGCUCACUCUGCUCUUCUUCGUGGCCGUGGCGUGCAUCGGCCUCGCUGUGCACCUCUAUUAUGGAGUCACGUAGCCACUGCCUCCCUCCCGCGUGUCCAGGCAGCCCCAACCCUUCCUCAGGGCUGGGAUUGUUGCUGCUGGGCGCCUGCACAGCUCCAAGGACCCCUGGACAAGGAGUGCUCUGUCCCUGCUUCCAGGGGGAAGCUGGGCCCUGCUCCAGCCCAGCCAAGCUCAGUGCCACGGGGUUCCCAUGGGAUCAGGUGUGCCCAGCCUCAGGGUGGGUCCUGAGCCCUGUGUGGGUGCCUCAUAGUUUCAGGCUGGGCCAGGGGAGGUUUAGGUUAGAUAUUAGGAAGAAAUUCUUCCCUGUGAGGGUGG